AUGGAGAAGACGAUAUCUGAGCCAAAUCGUCUUCCUUGCGCUACAUGCCGACGCCGCAAAGUCCGUUGUUCCAAAACUCAACCUUGCACGAAUUGUGCAAAGGCGGGGAUCGAGUGUCACUAUGAGCGUGAAUCGCGACCAGACUUCUCGAGUCCACUUGGAGGAUCGGCUCCUGUGGAUGUCGAAUUGGUCAAUAGAAUAACCCGUCUGCAAGAGUCAGUUAUACGGGUCUCCAACCACCCGGAGCGUAGCACUCGGAGCUCUCUUGGUCAGUCAGUAGGAAGUGCCGAGGGCCAGCCAGCACUGGCAAAUAUUGUUUCUGUGCUGGAAAACUGUGUUAAAGACUUGGAGAAUAUCAGUACAAGAGGAAAUCCACAAAACCAUACUGGAAAGCUGUGUUUUCGGAAUGCGCAGGCGGCAUAUGUUAAGGAAACAUUCUGGGCUGGACUUUAUGAAGAGGUGGAAAGCCUCUCAUUUCUACUUGAACAAGAUAAAUCAGAGAAAGCAUUACAUGGCACUACCGGGCUUUUGUUUCACUCUCAGCAACAAUCCGACUUAAGCAUGUACAGGUCUCCGAGAGCUGCAUCGGAGUUUCUAAUUGAUCAGUUUUUGUCUAACGUUGAUCCAUUCGUUCGUCUAUUCCACAAACCGCGCUUUAAGUUGGAAUUAGAUCUAUUUAACCGCAACGAAGAGUCAUUUGCGUCCCAAAGAGGAGAUUUCGAAGCCCUUCUCUUCUCGAUCUAUGCAUUUGGCGCGCAUUCCCUUCACGUCAAAGAUGUUCUCAUAUAUUUUGGCGAAUCUAAAGACAAUAUUGUAACUCGCUUUAUAGCCGCCACCCAAAAAGCUCUCGAAAAGAUAAACAUUCUCUCUACACACUCUAUGACUGCACUCACAGCAUUUGCAUUAUAUAUCACACUCCUGUCCGAAAUAGACAUUUCGAGUCUUGAAUGGACGUCAUUGAGUGGCCUCUCAUUAAGUCUAGCCACCCGCAUGGGCCUCCACCAGGACGGAACGCAAUUCAAUCUCAGCCCUUACGCCGUGGAAAUUCGCCGUCGACUGUGGCAUCACCUCUGUACGAUCAAUGUACGAGCUCUUCAAAUCCACGGUAUUGAGCCGUUUCCUAUCUCGACAUUUAGCAACGGGGCUACGCAGCUCCCGCAAAAUUCGCCAGACAGUGGCUGGGACGCUUGCGAGUUUAGCCGCAAGCUUCCUCCUGCGAUUUCUGGCUGGACUGAAAUGGCUCCAGCGCUUGCCUUCUACGAAUUAUCGAUGCUGACGAGAGCUAUUCUUGAAAUGGAGAUACCAGAACAUGGUUCCGAAGACGCAUAUUUGAACAAUAACGAUCGGCUUAUGUCAAAGGCAAAGUCUCGAAUCGAAAACUUCUACGCACAAAAUUCUUUCAACGAGCCUAUACAAUGCAUAACCGGAGAUUUGGUGACUCUUAACCUCCAAUGGCUAUGGUUCUUCACGCGGCAAUCCUUAUUAAAGCAUCGGGAGUGGUCAACCCCCGAAUUUCGUACAGAAUUGUUUCGAAAGGCUCUUUUCAUCUGUGAGACUACUCGAUCUCUGCGGGAAGUGUAUGCCGAACGACACUGGGACUGGCUGUUUCACGGAUUCCACGAAACUACCAAGUGGCAUCUUGCAUCAACAAUACUGGUAUAUUUACGUCACAGCACAGACCAAGGGGAUCCAGAGGUGCAGCGAGCCUGGACUCAAAUACACAUUAUAUUUGAAAAUGGAAAGAUCCAUCAAGGGGCAUUAUGGAAGCCACUUUUUGCUCUGAAACGCGAGGCUGAAAUUCGUCGUGAUGAAGCUCUUAUUGCCAAAAGUGGGAAAACGCAAGUGACUAACUUUGACGGCCUGUGGCAGACUCAAUUGGAUUUCGGAAACCUGGCAAACGUUCCUGAAUUAGACCCGAGUUUUAUUCAAUGGGGAAGUUCUGAGGUUUCUUUAAGGCCAAACUCUGGCAUAUCUGACCAUUUCUAUAGCUCAGUCCUUGGUGAAUACAGCCAGUCAAAUUAA